AAAGUGAAAAGUUCAAGCGAAGUUUGGAAGCGAUUGGAGUGGAAUGAAGGAAAUUUUGGUGAUUUUUUUCGAGCAGCGUAGUAGAGCCGAGUUUUCUCAUGUCUUCUUCUCAGUCCUUGAGAAACCAAAACAUUAAAACUUGCUAAAACGGCGUUUAUAGGGCAGGAAGCAGUAAGGAAACAACACAGACACAACUCUUUAUGAGGUAUGUAUACUUUAAUACCGGUUUAUGUACAUUUUAACCGUUUUAUCGAUCUUACGUUAAAUUCCCAUACAAAUCCUUAUAAUUUGGCUUCCAGUAGGCUUUUUUGAUUCUGGGCCCUCUGUGGCAGCACUAAUAUCAUUGAUAUAAAUUGAAAACAGAGAGAACUACAAAGAAACUAACUACAAAGAAAAGACGCUUCUUGAAGCUACAAUCGGGGACAAAAUGAGUUGAGAUACUUCGCCCUAAACUGGGCUUUUUUACGUUUUACUGACUUCAAAAGGAGGAAAUAUAGCCUUUCCCCCCCAUACAAUGUUGUGCCGAUGCUAGAGCUACCUACAGAAAAUAACAAACAGCCCAACUUUGAACGGAGGGGACAGGGGAGGGGUGCGGAUUCUUGUGCUCUCUGAAGUUACUCUAUUUGAGUUCUCAACAAUUUUUUCGCCAGUUGUAGAAAGAGAAAUAGUUAAUGGCGCAUAAAAAACGCGUCAUCGCCGUUUAACCCUCAGCCACUUAAUUUUGCCAGAAUAGAAGCCAGUUAACAUAUUUUUUUUACCCUCCUUAAAUGAGAAAUUAGUACUGAGAAACGUUAACAUUGCUGUAAGUUCCAAAACUGAAGUCUAAAACUGUGAAAAAAAAAACGUUAACAGCGCAAGUGAAAGUGGUGAGGCAAAACAGACGUAAAAGACUCGCUAGCGAAGGGACAAUCUCUUGCGGUUUGCAACUUCAGUGUCUACAUUUCGUGGAUUGUGGGAAUUUUUAGGGAGGGGACCUCCCAUUUCCCCUUAUUUGCUUUGAGUCAUGUUAAGGUUUUUAGCCGUCCAAUCAGAAGCACAGACAUUUAGUUUACCCAAUAUGGAAUCAGAUUAGUAAUAUUAAGAUAGCAACUUUGAAAACUAUCAGGUAAAAAAAAAAAUGUUGACGCAUACUCUUCAAAGCGCCCACUAACUCUCGUCAUCAAGUUAAGCUAGUGGUAGUUUUUUGUAAGAUGCUUGUCCGGAAUAAGUCAAUCCUGGUCAUUUUGGAUUCCAGUUUUGGCCGUAUUUUACAUGCUAAAACUGUGAUUGCUCUUAACGCUUCGUUUUCAUUGCGAUAAAAAGUUUUCUUCACACUAGCACGACAGUCUCGGGUAUCAGUAAUUCUAUAAAAGGAAGUAAAUUUUAAUUGGUUCUCCAAAACACCCCAGCAUUGUUCUACGCUUCAGGGCCGAGUUGUUUAAAGCUGGGGUAAGAUAACCCAGGGUUAGUGCAAGAUUUGAAUUCAGAUUUGACAGCUUAAAAAUCAUUUCAGUUAGAAUUCUUUUUGUCUACAAGUUGAUGAUUGGAAGCUCUAAAAAAAAAACAGUAACAAUUAUCCGAGGAAAUGCUUUUGAACACAAGAAAAAGAAAGCCGGGUUAAAUUUAACCUCGGGUUAAGCGUUAAUCGGCCUUCUAACAACUGGGCCCUGGGUUAUAUGCUUCUGGUUAAGCUUUCUCUCGUCUAAGGCCUAAAGAGUUUCAACCGAGUUUGCGAUCACUGACACCAUUAUGAAACGUUUGGAUUAUCCGGUGAAAAGUAAAAGAGAGUUAAAAAAAAUCCUAUGUACUUCCUUAAGUAUUAUCUCUAGUUACCAACUAGAAACGAUUCCUUUAUCUUUGAACAGGGACGCUGUCAAACGAACAUGCUGGUUAUCGUGCAUGCAAAUGCCUGCGUGGAUUUCACCGUUUGGAUCGCUUUGGUCCAUGUUCAGAAUGUCCAGCUCAUGGCAUCAAAACACAGCUGCUAUGUCGUUAUGAACGUGGAUUAAUAAAGACCUUUACCCGGUUAGUUUCAUCGUUUCUCAAGAUGUUUCUCAAACAACUGUUGUAGGUUAGUUUUGGUCCUGACUACAACGAUACGUACUCUAAAUUUACUAUUUCACUGCCCAAACCAGUAAAAUGUCCUUUUGCUGGGUCCUGCAAGGGAGGAAUAGAUUCGGAGUGUGAAGAAGGAUACCAAGGAAACUUGUGUGCUACCUGUUCUCAUGGCUACUACUUACGAUUUAAUUUCUGUUUGAAAUGUCCUGGAUUCUUGGUUUCCAUAAUUUCCUCGUUGGUGGUUAUUGGAGUCUUUAUUCUGGUGUUUGCAAUGGUUCUGUGGGGAGACUCCAAAAAGACGGAAAAUAAUCGUACUGCUGCAGAUAUCAUCAUGUCUUGUUUCAAAAUUGUCAUCGGGUUUUACCAGGUUAUUGCCGGUGUUUUCUCGGCACUGACCAGAGUUCAUUGGCCAGUUACUUUGAUCGCAAUGGAUAAGUUUCUGAAAUUGUUUAAUGGCAAUAUCUUUCAAUUUGCCCCAUUGAGUUGCGUCUAUUCUCAUCUUCGACUUGAUCCGUUCUUAAAAUUUAUCUUGGUUCUUUCUGUUACCUUUGUUGUCGUUUCUUUUGCCUUUGUUUACAUGUUUCUUCAAUUGCUGUACAUCAAAGGCAAUAAGGAUCGUCCAGAGAGCGAAAAGCUACGUGCUCUUUCUAGGUUGAAGAGGUCCUGCUAUCGGAACAUUUUCCUGUUUCUGCUGGCAUCAUAUCCCAUGACAAGUAAAACAAUUAUCCAAAUUCUUCCUCUUCCGGGCGCAUGCGUCAAACAUUGCUUUUCAGAUGAAGGAAGCCAGUGUAUCUCUCUCAUGAAGGCUGAUUACUCCAUCCAAUGCUUUACUGCCCGGCACAAGACGUAUUGGCCAUUUGCUGUCAUGUUUUCCGUAUACCCUGUGGGAUUUCCUUUGAUGAUACUGCUACUAAUUUACAAAUACAGAAAAUCGCAGCGUAAUGAGGAACUUUCUUUUGGAUUAAAAGUCUUUUUUGAGAACUACAAGGAUAAAUUUUGGUUCUGGGAGGUAACAGAGAUGUACAGAAAGCUGAUAUUUAUCUCACUGAUUUUCCUUUUUGGUUCUGAGGGAGUAACCCAGAUUGGUCUCACUCUGCUGGUCGUGAGUGUCUUUGGUGUGACCUACUCAUUCUUCCGCCCGAUAAAAGGCAAAUUUGAAGAUCUCCUGCAAACCUUUGUUCUGUGGGUUAUCUUUUUUGACGUUUGUCUCGGAGCAAUGUACAGCACCUCUGACGGCACUGAAGAAAAUGACUCCUUGAUCGUGAACAUCCUGUUUGUCGUCCUCAACAGCUCUGUGCUUCUGGUUGCCCUCGGUAAGAUUCACCGAUUACUCAUUUAG